AUGGAGAAAGAGCAAUAUCGGUCUGUGAUUCGAUUCCUGUUUUUGGACGGGAAGACGUGUAAAGAAAUCAAAGAAAAAUUGCAUGCCGUAUAUAAGGACAACGCAUCUUCGAUAACUACCAUAAGAUAUUGUACAACGAAUUUAAGCGUGGUCGAACAUCCAUUUUUGAUGAAGAGCGCCCAGAUCGUCCGAUUGACUAUGGAGGAUAUGAUCAACAAAAUCCAUGAUAUCGUGUUAGCAGACCGCCGGGUGAAGAUCAGAGAGAUUGCUAACAUUGUAAAGAUCUCAACUGAACGCAUACAAAAUGUCCUACACGAAACAUUGGGCAUGAAAAAGCUAUCGGCGAGAUAG